AUGCAGACCAUCACCUUUCACUUUCAGGUUGCUCCUGCUGAGCUCGAAGAUCUUCUGCUCGCCCAUCCUCUGAUCCGCGAUGCUGCUGUCAUCGGUGUGCCCAAUAAGAAGACUGGCGAAUUGCCGAAAGCAUUUGUCGUGCGAGCUUCGGAAGCGUUGACUGAAGAAGAUGUCAAGGCCUGGAUCAGC